UUUGCUCGAAUUGUGACGUCAUUAAUCUGCGACGAUUGUUUACAAACCUGCUCCAAACAGUCAUACCGGUAUUUAAAAAGAAUAAUCUGACUAGCUUUUAUUUCAGUCAUGAUUUUAAGGACGAAGUUAAUAGUAAAAUGGCGUUUUGUGUGUUUGUUUUAUUAAACCUUUUCUUACGCGAGUCUUUUUAAGAUUUGCAACUAAGUGAUUGGAGAGUUAGCUGGAAAAACUAAUCACCGUAUCUUUACGCUUAAAAAAAGCCCCGCUUUAAAUUAGGCAGCCAGGUGAAAGUGGAACUAAAUUAAAUAUGAAAAAAUAAAAUAUGAGUGUGGACGAAGAUCUGGAGACACUGGGUGAGCAGCUGUACUCUCUGAUUUACCCCAAACAUCAAGAGAGCGCUGGUAAACUCACAGGCAUGAUGCUGGAGCUGCCUGCUGCUGUGCUGAAGCAGAUGCUGCAGGAUGAGGCGAUGCUGGCAGCAGCUGUGGGAAAAGCCCUCAGGGCUUUGCAGCUGGCCCACAAACCCAGUGAGGUAACCUUUAAGGAUGAAGAUGAUGCUUCUGUGUCCUCCGACUCUCUGGGAGAGCAGCUGUUUGAGUUGGUGGAUGUUUACAACACUGGCCAGUCACAGAAAAUCACAGGAAUGCUUUUGGAGCAGCACAAAGAUACAGUUUUACACCUCAUUUCAGACCCCAAAAUGCUGGAGGAGAGUGUGACUCUCGCCCUAAAGACCCUGAGGGAACAAAACAUGGAGGAGACAGAUGUCAGCGACUCGUCAGAGGCCGACGACAUGGACAGACUGGGAGAGAAAGUUUUUUCACUGGUUGAGAAGUUGGAUCCACUUCAUGCAAAUGACAUCACAGGUAUGCUCUUGGAAAUGGACUCAGCUGCUCUCCAGCAGCUGCUCAGAGAUCACACCAUGCUGGAAGCUGCUGUUCAAAAAGCAAAAGAAGCCCUGAAAACACAGCUGAGCUCUCAAAAGAACGUCUUCUCCGCUUUAAAAUGAUUUUGAGGUGGAUGGAAUCAAAAUGACUGAGGAGUCUGUGAGGCGUCAACCCAGCUGAAAGAAAAACCAAGGAUAAAUAAAUAAAUAAAUAAAUCAUGAGAGGAAUUCAACUAGAGCUCACAUAGUCUGUAUUUGCUUCAGUUGUUUGGGCUGACAAAGGUAAGCUGGUGGAUUGAGCUUGCUUUUUUUAAUAUAAGAUGUUUAAGUAUUAAAAAUCUUUUUGCUGACACUUCUGUGUUGGUUAAAGUCAA